UUUUUUUUUGACCUAUUGAGUGGGACAGGGAUCGUUGAUUAGUUGGAGCUAAUGACGCCUGUGGUCGCCAUUGCAAUUCGCAAUGUAAGAUCAAAGAUCACACCAUGCAGAAGAAAAUUGAUAGGGUCAGGAACGAAUCAAGAUGAUGACUAGCGAUGAGAAUGAGGACGUUGUACCAAACGAUGAAGGCUUCUUGUUCAUCCGUCCAACCAAUGACUUCAAUGUCAUUAAUACCCUAUUCUUGGAUAGUCAACGCAUCACCUACAUUGGGGCGAGAGACAGACCCCCAGAUCAGGCUGGACGAA